CAAAAUAAUAAAUAUUUUAGCAACAAACAAAAAUUUAACAAACAGAAUAAACAAACAAAAAAACCUUUAAACAAAUUUGCAAAAAUGAGUGAAUUAAAUGAAAGAGUAUUACAAGCUAAAAACGCUCUAAUGAUUGCCCUCGGCGAUAAUUAUCAAAAAUACUUAAACAACAUGAAAUACUAUUUUCGACGCAAAUUUGAAUAUGCUGAAUUUGAUUUGGAAUCCAGGAAACUACUCCCUGGCAAUAAAUUACAUUUGCAUAAUGAAUUAUUUGCUGCGAUUAUGUGUAAAAUCGGUGCAAUAAAUACACCCCAGCCACAAUCGUUGAUUUCGAGUAGUUCAACGAGUGGCCAUCAUUCGUCUUCUCGUUCGAAUCGAAAGAGAAAACGAAGUUCUCGAACACACAGCGAACGAGCAAUGUUUGAGCCUUACGAUUUCUUUGAAUUUCUUGCUCCCGAUCCUUUAGAACCCAUUCGCCCGCCAAGUAGCUUUGAAAGCACAAUGCAAAUGAUGCCAACUGCUCGCUAUUGUGUACAGGAACUAUUUCUUCCAAAUACGGGUUUCAUUUAUGGAAGAUUUCAAAUUGGCGCCUGGGAAAUUGGUUUGGUGCAAGUUGAUGAUACUGUUGCCGAAUACAUGUGUAUUGCGGUGCAGUUUUUACUUAAAAAUCUCAUUUCAUCGAUUAUUAUGAAGCGGAAGCACUAUAAAGUUACUGGCGAAGGGUCUUAUUAUUAUGAUGUUGGAGCACCGAUUAAGGAUCCUUUUUUGAGGAAUACAGUAACAAGACAGAAAAUUGAUGAUGGUCCAUUGGUAUUGGAUAAAGAAAUAACAUCACCUAACUUUAUGAGACGGUCCAAUGACGAAGGGAUAUUUCUUUCGGCCUGCGAGGAAGUAUAUCCACAAAAGAAAAAUCUAAUAACCCUCAAGGAUCUCCAACGAGCAUUUAAUGAUAAAAAUAUGAUUGCAUCUCAUUCUGUUUAUUCAGUUAAUCGAGAACGACUAACACAAAUGCUCCAUUAAUUCAAAUAAAAUAAAAACAAAUAAAUAUAAUUUUACA